AAGAACAGUUGAUUUAAUAAUUUCUUCCGUUUAGUUUGUGUUGAUUAUUAUAAAUGUAGAAAUAGCCUUUGCUGAAUAUUAUAUCAAUAUUUAUUAAAAAUUGUAUUUCUACUCUGCAGUUGUAAUGAUUUUAAGUAUUAUUUUGUCUACAUAUUUGUUAGUAACUACAUCAGAAUCAAAUAAAGAAUUUGCUUUAAUACAACCACAUCAAGAAGCAAUAGAUGAAUUAAUUCUAUGUCGUAAUUGUGGUAACGAUGUCACAGCCGCUAAUUUCAUAAUUAAUAAAAUCAGCCCUGAAUCUGAUUACACUUUCAAUGACACUUUAUUCAAUAGGCCUGAGGUUAUGGUUCAGAUGAUAUUUAGUGAUUUUUUCAUCCAUUUCCCUAUAGUAACAACUGACCAGUCAACUUGUAUGCCUGUAGGAGAGUGGAAUGACAUUGACUCUUGGUUUCCUGACUAUAUUUGGAAGCCAUGUGUGUGCCCUGAGUGUGGUGCAUAUUUAGGCCGGGUGUUUAAACACACCAAUCCUAGUAACGUAAAUACAUCAGAUCCAUUUUAUGGUCUCAUAUUGGAGAGCCUGAUUGGUGAAACUUGUAAAUACAAUUUUAUAUAAUAGGGUUUUGGCAAACUUUUUGUUGUUUUAUGUAUUUGAUAACUAUCUUAUUUGAUUAGGUUUAUUAGCAUUUACUAUUGUAAAGUUAAGUGUCUUUGUAUGUUUUGGCCAAUGUGUUUGUUGUGUUUAUUUCCAUCAUGUGAUGUUACAUUUAGUCUAAAUUCCUUGUUAGGAAUAUCCUGUGGUACAUUACAUUCGUUCUAUAUUUAUAGUUGCAGUAAUCAUGCACUGUUGUACCUUGUUCUUUUAGCUAACCAAAGCAAAACACUAUUAUUUAGUUUGUGGUGUUGCUACUUAUUAAUAAACUGGAAAAUAACUCUCCCGAUGUCAAUGACAAAGUAAUAUUUUUAUAUAUGUUACACAUACUAAUAUAAUCAGUUUAUUUAUCAAUCCCUUUAUUGAUUACAUGAAUUAUGAUUAGUUAAGAUAAAUAUUUAAAAAACUACAUAUACCUA